UCGAGAAACGAUGGCGGUUGCUCUCUCUGCUGCGAGUCUCUUCCCCAGUAGAGUUGGAGCUCACAGCACCACUACCAAUCAGACUUCGAGGCGUGUCAGUUUGUUGCUGAAUCCGAAUAGAGGCAGCAGUGGAGUCAAUUCGUUGCGAAGGCGAAGCGACGUCGUAGCAUGCUCGGCGGUAUCGGGCUCGCAAGGAGUGGAGUCUUCUUCGAAUGCUGAAGACGCAGCGAGUUUGUUAGAUACGGUGAAAGUGUAUGAUCUGAACGGGAGUGGGAUUCCGAUUCCGGAUUUGUGGAAAGACAGGACAGCUGUCAUCGCAUUUGCGCGCCAUUUCGGAUGUGUGUUUUGCCGUAAACGGGCGGACUAUCUUGCCUCAAAGAAGGAUAUAAUGGAUGAAUCUGGUGUGGCUCUUGUUCUGAUUGGACCUGGUAGUAUUGAUCAGGCGAAAUCAUUCUCUGAGCAAACAAAAUUCAAAGGAGAAGUCUAUGCAGAUCCCAGUCACUCAUCAUAUGAGGCAUUAAGAUUUGUUUCUGGUGUUACCACCACAUUCACUCCCAAAGCAGGACUGAAGAUAAUACAGUUGUACAUGGAGGGCUAUCGACAAGAUUGGAAGCUUUCCUUUGAACAGGACACCGUAAGCAGAGGCGGCUGGCAGCAGGGUGGAAUCAUAGUUGCAGGUCCGGGUAAAAGUAAUAUCUCGUACAUUCACAAGGAUAAAGAAGCUGGGGAUGAUCCAGAUAUAAAAGAUAUUCUUAAAGCAUGUUGUGGGGUGUAAAUUCUGUGUAUUUUGACGUUUGCCAAUUAACUAUAAUAUAACAGUCUGCUUUGUAAAGUCUGAUGAUUUACUAUAUAUCUAGUGAGGUGUACCUCAAUUUGUGGGCUAUAAGGUCAGUGUAGUCUAACCUUGCUGCCCAGCCUGCCCAUAUGAAUAUAGAGAUCCUAAGGAAAAUCUUUUCAUA